AUGGCUACUACAACUCUUUCAUUUACCGAGCUCCCCAGCGCUGCAAUCAAGACUGUUGAUGAUGGCAGAAUGAAAAUGGAUGGCCAGGACCCGUCCUACGGCGAUUGGCGUGACGAACUUCUCAGAGACGGAUAUGCCGUGAUCAAGGCUGCUAUCCCAAGAGAGCGCGCUGACGGCUAUGCGGACAAGAUGUACGGGCUUCUGGAAUCAUUCGACCUUGGCUAUGAUCGAAAUGAUCCAUCAACCGUUCAUCCUGACAAGCUACCCGUCAUCAAUGAGAAGGGCAUGCUGAUGGCCUACGGUGCCUGUCACGAAGACUUUGUCUGGGACAUCCGCAGUGAGCCCGGCGUAGUCGGUGCCUUUGAAAAGGUCUACGGCACUGAAGACCUCCUCGUUUCUUUCGAUGUCAUCAACUACGGCUUCGCGAAUCGCACCAACCUUCCCGAGAACAAGCCCUGGCCCCAUCAAGAUCAAGACCCCGAGAAGCCCGGAUUCCGUUGCCUUCAAGGCCUCGUUAACCUCCACCCCUGCGGCCCCGACGAUGGCGGUCUCAUCGUCUGCAAGGGCUCCCACAAUCUGAGCGCGCAGUUCCACAAAGAGCUUAAGGACGAGCCGCGCAUCCCAGCCUGGACGAAGGAGUGGUAUGGCUUCACUGACCGCGGCAUGGAUUGGCUGAAGGAGCAUGGCGGCGAGUGGAUCAAGGUCUGCGCUGACCCUGGUGACCUGAUCGUCUGGGACUCGCGCACUGCGCACUACAAUGUCCCCGUCAAGGGAAAGAUUGAUCGCAUGGCUGUGUACACUUGCUUCAUGCCUGUCACAGAUGCGACCCAAGAAGAUCUCCUGCGCAAGCAGGCCGCAUAUGAAUCUCGACUGGGCACCACCCACUGGCCCAACGCUCGUCACACGGGCUCCAACACCGCUACCCGAAAUGGAAAGCCAGACCACAUUGUCAGGGAUAGACCACUGAACGACAAGACAUUGAGCCAGAGAGCUUUCAAGCUAACAGGUAUUCCUUACAUCCGGGUAUGA